CGCGCUCAUUCGAUUGCCAGCGCGCGCGCCGCGCACCUCGUGUCACCUGGACCACUUCUAGUGUAUCAAACGCGAACUUAUUCAAUAUUAUAUUUAUUUUUUGUGUGAUUGACUGUUCUGUGACAAAAUGCCGAAGAAUAUUUUAGCUGAGAUGGGGUCCCAAGUGGGCCUCACGCCACGACAGAAUAAAAAGGAGGCAGAGGAAUGGGCUCGGCGGCAGAGCGGGCCUAUGGUCAAUCCUUCCUUCGAACCGGACGACUUCCUUCCUCAAAGCCUAUCACCGGUGAAGGAUGAGAAGAAGAGGCCGGGAGACAAGGGGAUCUUCCUCGUCAACAUGAAGGAGAAGAACAUUCCGGAGGUGGAAGAGUACGAGCCUUACGACAACAGGGUCGUGGAACAUCCUACCACGAACAUGGAAACCUUCCUUCACUUGAUGAAGGGUAGCUUGGGCACGGGCAUCCUGGCGAUGCCGCACGCGUUCUCCAACGCCGGCUACGUGGUCGGAUCCAUCGGUACCGUGGUCAUCGGUGUGUUGUGCACCUACUGCAUACAUAUCCUGAUAGACGCCUGCUACGUGCUCUGCAAGCGGAGAAAAGUCCCGUCUAUGUCGUACACGGCGGCUGCAGAGGCCGCGCUCUCCGAGGGCCCUGACUGGUGCAAGGUGUGCGCUCCUUAUGCAGCGCACGUGGUAAACGCUUUCCUAUUAGUAUACCAAAUCGGAACUUGCUGCGUCUAUGUAGUAUUCGUAUCGGACAACAUACACUUCGUCUUGACGGAGUACUUCGGCGUCGAGAUAACAGUAUUCCAAGUGAUGCUGUGCAUCCUACUACCGCUUGUCCUCAUCAACUGGGUGCGGGAUCUCAAGUACUUGGCACCCUUCUCCGCAAUAGCCAACGUGGUGACGAUUGUAAGCUUCGGCAUCAUCCUAUACUACCUCUUCAGAGAGGCACCCACGUUGGAAGGGAAAGUGCCAGCUGGAAAGCUAGCCAACUUCCCGUUGUUCUUCGGUACCGUGUUGUUCGCACUUGAAGCUAUCGGCGUGAUUUUGCCUCUAGAGAACGAGAUGAAGACACCCAGAGACUUCGUCGGCAAAUUCGGUGUCCUCAACUGCUCCAUGAUCAGCAUUAUCAUCAUGUACGUCGGCAUGGGCCUGUUCGGUUACCUGCAAUACGGAGACAAGGCUGAAGGCUCCAUUACGCUAAACUUACCCUCCCACGUCGAUAUUCUUGCCAACGUCGUCCAGUGCCUGCUGGCAUUUGCCAUCUUCAUCACGCACGGUCUCGCCUGCUACGUAGCUAUCGACAUCUUGUGGAACGAGUACAUCGGCAUCCGCAUGAUGAACAGCAAGCACAGGAUCAUCUGGGAAUACCUUCUCAGAACCGUCAUUGUGCUCUUGACUUUCGGCAUUGCAGCUGCGGUCCCCGCGCUUGAGUUGUUCAUCUCACUGUUCGGUGCGCUGUGCCUGUCGGCGCUAGGGCUGGCUUUCCCCGCGCUCAUCCAGAGCUGCACCUACUGGUACUACGUGUCCCGCUCCGAGCGCAUCCGUAUGAUCGUCAAGAACGCCAUCGUCGUGCUGUUCGGAGUUCUCGGCCUCGUCGUGGGCACCUGGACCUCGCUCGAGCGCAUCAUCGAGAAGUUUAGCGGAGCUGGUAUCGAACAAGCCGCCGCCAACCAAACCAUGGUGCAGAACACCACCCUAUCACCAUGAAGUAGCCGCCCAGAGCGGUGAACUACUCUCGUAGCACAGUGCCAUUACAGAACCGCCCGGCAUUGUACAAUGCAGCGUUUCUAAUUAGGUACACAAUAAUAGAUUAUAGAUUUUAAGUAUUUUUGAUGUACGUUUUCCAUGCAAACGUUAACUUGUAGUUUAUAAGAGAUUUAUUAUGAAUUGUUGACUCAUAUUAAUCGUAAGACAGCUUUAUUUUAGUGUUAGGAUAAAGUGCUGUGCGCUAUUUGCCGCAUGCCAGUAUUUACGAGUGACAUAGCAUGCUUUAAUUACCUCUCCACUCUUUCAGUAGUGCGACGGUGGUGUUGCCAUCAACGUAAUAAUCGAAUAUUUUAUUUUAUUGUUAAAUUAUGAGAGUAUGUGAUGUUCAAAGUGAUUUAAUUAGUUACGGCAAUAACUAUUUGUUAAAAUUAGAUUUUAUCAAAUUAUGACGUAUUAUCAGUUUUAUAAAAUCAAGUUAUAAUUUAUGAGUUAUUAUUAUUAUUAUAAGUUUAUUUGUGACUACUGCGACUAUCAUGUGACUAACCCUAUAGGACGGCGACGAUACCCGACAACUUUCAUAAUAUAUUAAUUAACCAAUAAUUAAGUUCUUGCCUGAUCUCUACCGAAUAGCUUGAUAGACCAGAACAAUUAGUACACGUUAUUAUAAAUUUUAGUUGUCGCAGAAACCUACCCAGUUAUAUACUUUUUUAUUAUACCAACUAAAAUAUGUAUAUUGAAGCUUGUUCUGUCAAUAAUAUAACGACAAAUGCAUUUAGCUACGACUUAGGUAUUGAUUAUAUAAAUAUUAUAAACAAUAUAUUAUUUAAAGUUGUCGGGUAACACCAUCAUUUACUGGUUGCCUGUUACGAGUCGUUAGUAUUUUUAAUUAAGUAUUUUAUCCUAAAGCAGUGAGAUUGAGUGUUAGUAAAAUGGUGGCAUUUUGCUAGAGUAACGUAAGUACAAUUCAGAGUAGAUAUUAAUUUUAUAUAUUAAUGUUUAACCGAUGCUUGUAUGGUACAAAAUUAGUAUAUCUCAGGGGUAACCCCCGUACAAACAAAUAAUAUUUUUUACUUGUUUAAAAGAAUUUAUCAAGGGAUUAUUUAUUUUUAUGACAAUAUUAAAUAGCAUUGUUCUUUUACACCAUAAUUCUCUUAAACAGUCUAAAAUAUUAUUACAACAAUACAGUGAAAUUAUAAGCGUCGUUAAGCACAACCCAAACGCAUUAUAUCUGAUACAUAGUCAGACAUUUUUCAUAUUUUUAUACUCAGAAAACUUUACUCAGGUGAUAUAAUUUAUUUU